AUGGCCAUUCGGGAAAUCAAUGGGAAUCCCAGGCUUUUACCCAACCUCACCCUGGGCUACAAUGUCUAUGAGACCAAUUUUGAUGGAAGAAUUACUUCUGAUGCCAUGAUAGACCUUCUAGGAGGCAGGGGGAACAACAUUCCAAACUACAGCUGUGGAAAGUGGAAUCAUGCGUUGGCUGUGCUUGAAGGGGCUGACUCUGACAUCUCCGUCCAGAUUUCAUCCAUAUCAGGCACCUAUAAACUCCCACAGCUGCGCUCCACGGAUGGCUCUCCACACCCGGCCCCCGGGUCUGCUAGUGGACGAGGGGGAACCUCCGUGGACCCCCCCCCCGCCACCUCCAGCAACUCCCCGGAAGGGAGUGAGACCCUGCCUCGUUCCAGGUGCACAGAACACUGCCACCCUGGAUAUGUCAAGGUCAUUCAGGAAGGAAAGCCAGUUUGCUGCUAUAGUUGUGUUCCAUGCACGGAAGGGACCAUCUCCACCCAGGAAGAUGCAGACCAUUGCAACAAAUGUCCAGACGAUCAGCAUCCGAACAAGGAUCACAAUCAAUGUGUCCCCAAGAAUAUAACUUUCCUCUCUUAUGAAGAACCUUUGGGGAUCAUCCUGCUUUCAUUGGCCUUACACUUGUCCCUCACCACAGCUUUUGUGUUGGGAAUCUUCAUUAAACAUCAGCACACUCCAAUGGUCAAAGCCAACAACCGGGACCUCUCCUACAUCCUCCUUGUCUCCCUCCUGCUUUCCUUUCUGUCCUCCUUCCUGUUUAUUGGCCAGCCAAGGAAGGUGACCUGCCUUCUUCGACAAGUCACCUUCAGCAUCAUUUUCUCGGUUGCCGUCUCUUCCGUGUUGGCCAAAACCGUCACAGUAGUGGUUGCAUUCAUGGCCACCAAACCAGGGAACAGGAUGAGGAGGUGGCUGGGGAAGCGUUUGGCCAACUUCAUUGUAUUUUUCUGUUCCAGUGUUCAGCUUGGGAUCUGCACCAUCUGGCUGGGGAUCUCUCCACCCUUCCCAGAGUCUGACAUGCACUCUCAGCCUGGGCAGAUCACCAUGCAGUGUAACGAAGGGUCUUUCGCCAUGUUUUAUAGCGCCCUUGGCUACAUGGGCUUCCUAACCACUGUCUGUUUCACGGUGGCUUUCCUAGCUAGGAAGCUGCCUGGGGCAUUCAGUGAAGCCAAGUUGAUCACCUUCAGCAUGCUGAUCUUUUGCAGCGUCUGGGUCUCCUUUGUGCCCAGCUACCUGAGCACCAAGGGGAAAUCCAUGGUGGCUGUGCAGGUCUUCUCCAUCUUGGCCUCCAGUGCUGGCUUACUGGGCUGCAUCUUCAUUCCCAAGUGCUACAUUAUCAUCCUGAGACCUGAUCUGAAUACAAAGGAGCACCUGAUGGUGAAAACUGAAGGUGGUAUCUGA